UGUUCAUUAUGUAAAGUCUUUAUACACCACUGAAAACAUAGUUGUGUAUAUUAUAUUGCACUUCUGUCAGUAGAUCCUCCCAAAUUUUACACAUUGCACCUUUAAAUUAGUUUUAAAUAUUUUUUUAUGUAGUAUGUUUUGUGCUUUUGUCUUUUUUUUUUUUUAAUAGUAUUUAUAUUUAGCUUUAUUCUAUUUUUAUUUCAUUUUUAGAGAUUUGAGUACUUUAAGUUAAACGUGUAUUUUACUUGUUUCUAAUUUUCAUUUACAUUUUUUAAGGUUUUUUUUUUUGGUCUAAUAUUUAUAUUUUAUUUUGUUUCCUUAUUUUUUAGUUUUAGGGUAACACUUUAGUUAGGUCCCAUUAGUUCAUUCAUUAACUAACAAUGAGCAAUACAUUUGUUACAGUUUUUUCAAUCUUUAUUAACAUUUCUUAGUUAGUUCAUGUUAGCUGAAAUCCAUUAAAUAAUACUAAGAGAUACAAUUUUUGAUUUUAGUAAUGUAUUAGUAAAUGUUGAAAUUAACAUUAACCAAGACCAGUUUUACUUUUAGUUUGACACUGUGUAAUACAAAGACAUACAUUUUUAAGUGUAACUUAACUGUCUAAAUAUUUUUUUUAGGGCCACUGUACGUUUCCUAAUAAUAAUAAUAAUAAUAAUAAUAAUAAUAAUAAUUUAUCUAGACCUAAAAUUAGAUGGUAUGAGAGGAAACUGGCUGUGUGCGAAGAGGGUUAGCCUGUCCGGUAACCUGAUUAGUGGUGCCCUCUCCAUUCCUCUCCCCAAAAUAACUUUACGCUCAGCCUUCUAAUUCUUCACUGGGUACACACACUUCCACAAACUAGACUAUGGCAAAGAACACAAGGCACAGAGAGUGAGGCCAUACUGUAAGACGCUCCACUACAUGCCUUCUGAUGCCAUUAACAGAAUGAUAUCGGCCAUAUAUUCAUCUGUUAGAUGACGAGAUAGUUUAUGGAGAUUGUGAGUGUCUGUCAGACUGAUCAAAAUAGUCAUAAACUAUACUGCUGAAGCUACUUUUUUCUUGACCUGCACAAGAUUACAGUUUAUUUUUGGACCAGGACUGAAUAUUGAAUAGGUCAAUAUGAUGUCAGACGAGUAUUUGGUGGAGUGUAAUAUUGAUGAUGAUGAUGAAGAAGAUGAUGAUGAGGAUGUGAAGAAGAUCCACCCGUCUCCACCUCCUCCACCACAGUUCUCCUCCACCCCUUCCCUCGCUCAGGUUGAGAUCAGGGAUCCCUGUGGUGUCAACAAACACUUGAAGGUAGAGUUUAGCGAUGUUUUGGCAGAGCCCGCGUCCACACACAGCUACGACCGCGUGUGGGUGUACAGCGGGAUCGCCUUCGAGUCCAUGCGGCUGUGGGGUUACCGCUGCCUGUCAGCGCUGUGUGCGGUUCCUCUCUCUUGCCUCUGUGGCUGUCUCUUUGCCCUACUGGCCUGUAUGCACAUCUGGUGUGUGAUGCCCUGUAUUCAGGUGUGCCAUACCUGCCUGCCCUGUGUGAGGUCACUGUGGAUGAGUGUGGUUAAUAUCUUCAUCGCUCCAUUCUGCACAUCUGUGGCUCGCUGUUGCAGUGGCAUAUAUGUGAUGUACUCCAAAGAGUGAUGAAAAACAAUUAAGGAGGAAUUUGAGGAAGCUUGUCGUUCCUCUCAAUUAAAACCUUGGUAUCCUUUUCUUUCUUUUUUUUUGACGUUACAAAAUAGGGCUGUGUUCAAACCAUUCAAAGAAGAGGAUUACAUGCUAUUAUAGCCUAUAGAUUUUUAUUUAAUAAUACAUUAUUAUAUUAAUCUUUUUAAAAUUAUCUUAAUGCAACACAAAUUUUGCAUGUCAGAGGAUAUUUUGUUUCUUUCUAAGCAUAAUACAUAGAAAGAGCCUUACACAAAAUUAUCAAGAACCUCUUUUUGUUUUCAUAAAAAUCUGUUUAUAUUUGUUUUGUUCUGAUAUAAUGAACCAUUGUCAUGUAUUAUCUAUGAAGCCAGAUGUCUGUUUUGAUGGUUAUCAUGUCAUACAUGUAUUUGAAUAAAACAACCACUUACAUUUGUACAUACAA